AUGGACAGAACCAGACCAGACCAAAUCAUCAAUGACCCAGUGAUGGGGGUUCGUCUGAAAAAUGAGACCUCGCCAACCAGCAUUGCCAAUCUCCCAACGCCCGCGCGAAAAGCCAGGAAUUACUCGCUUAAUUCGGGACAGGUCGCGUGCGAGUGGAGCGUCAAGGACGCUGCAUCUCCGAACGGUGUAGUGUUGGAGGUGGUAGCUAUUGUCGCCGUCCCGCACUGGCGGUGCAGAUCGGCGGCUCUUCACACGGGCUGGUCAAUGAUAACCACCACGAGCUGGGUGAGUCAACCUAAUAGGAACCGGCUGGUGUGUUCGGGCCCUUCUUCAAAACGCUGUUCUUGGCCUGGGACAGGGACGCGCCCGCGUAUCGCUGGCGAAGCGCUGGCCGUGACUGCCAGGACUAAAUGCAGCCAUCAAACUAAGUCUCUUGGGAGACGAGACGGUGGCCUCCAAUCAUUCCUCCUCCCCCGCGCCCUCGUUUUCCCGCUCAUUGAUGGCGCAGACGUCACGCUGGAUGCCGCAGCCCUUUCUCUGAAGACCGACGCUCAGGUCUCGCAGAAGCUGGAAUUGAAGCGCCGUGGGGAGCCAGACGUGCUAUCUAGCCAAUCCAUUCGUCCAAUGCUUUCUUCCUAUCAGUACAUUGAAGUGAUGUGGCGCAUCCAAUAUAACUCCCCGCCAACGCUAUUGCUGUUUCCGCAGGUUCCUUCGCGAGCAGAUUAAAUCCCUUCUCAUUGUCAGCUGAACAAGCCACCAUAUGAAUCACUCAAAAAGUUCCGAGGUAUCCUCACAGCAUUGGAACAUCUAUUGGACAAACUCUACUACUGUUCAACUGCAUUGCAUCCUGUUGGUAUACCAACAAUGUCGUAGGCAGAACAAUUCUAGAUUUUUGUCCCAUGAACCACUGACUUCAGGGUCAGUUUGCAACGUCCACUCAUCCUGGAUCUUAAUCAUGUUUCUCGUCUGGGAGAUUAGUCUACAACCUGUCUCUGGGCCGGUGGGGGUGGUAAACGGUCAGAGUCUUGACCAGUCUUGGCUUUUCAUUUCCAUCUCAGCGAUGCUGUUCCCACUCCUCGUAACAUCUCUAGAGUUAGUGUGUAGUAAGUAGUGUAUAGUUAGCACAAACACGCAAAUUCGCCCUUCGGAUGCUACUACUACUACUACUACUACUACUA